GAGUCCUGUGGUUGUGCCCUGCGGCAGCUCCUUAAAGGACUGCUGCAUUGUAUCUUCUACGGGACUGUCGCACUCUUCCCAUGCGACCGGGCGGGUUGGCAGGUUGCGGAUAGCCAGUUGUUCGCUGUGCCACUGUUGGUCACAACUCUGGCACAGCGCACCCCGGACAAGGGAAGAUGUCACUUAUAUCUGACCGGUAUAAGUGGCAUUAACCUUCCGCCCCCUCCUAAUCCUACUCUAUCAUAUUCCUUCAUCCCUUGCUAUCCUGGAGGAGUAAACCUUGACUCCAAAAAUCCCCAAUCCAAGGUGUGAUCCUACCGUGCCGAAGGAUGCGUGGCUAAGGGGGAGCUUAGUCGCAAACGGAGGGCACCGGGCACCAGGCGGAACCCGGGUGCAGUCGUCUCCCGCCUUACCUGUGCAUGCGGGGCUCUGUAUGGGUGGACCUUUAUUUCCCUAGCUACUCGUGGGAUCUUCAUGUCUAUGGAAGAUUUAAUUUUAGACGUAGCUAAGUUAGCUACUGCAGGGGACGACCCAAACGUCCCUCCUUUGGUCACUGGGGUACCGGAAAAUCCCGCUGACCAAAUCGCCCCUGAAGGGGCUGGUGACAACCAGAGAGAGCAGGUGUCUACCCGAAGACCGGCUCGCUCAGGUGCCGCCAGGAGAAGGCUCCGCAUGUGGCUGGCAAAGGGCAAAAGCAUCGAAGAGGCUAAAGCCCUCUGCCUAAGGCCGCUUGCGGAGACUGAGAGUGAGUUGGAGGUUGAAGCUACUCCCACCCAGGCCAGUAAAAGGACUAGGUCGGAGGAGCAAACGCCGCCAAAUCCACCGCGGAAGCAACCUAGGUGUGAUGGGACCCCGGAGGACCGCCCCACCUAUAGUGCCGCCGCCAGCUCUCUCAAGGUGGGUGUGCGCGAUGAGCGAAGGGCCCUCAAUAUUGAGGACGUAGCGCUCUUUAACGCUGCCAUCGAGAGAGAGCUCUAUGUGACCGAGUUUGCGCCAGGGACAGCGCCCGUCUUCGGGGGAGUGUCCUACGCAGACGGUCUCAUUAUCGUCACGUGUCUCAACCAGGCCAGUCGGGAUUGGCUCUGCGGUUGUAGCAGCAGACUUCAGCCCUGGGUGGGGGCAGCCCUGAAGACAGUUGAAGGGCAAGCCCUACCCAGGCCCGUGAUAGCGACGGCCUUCUUCAAGUCCUUUGCGGAACCGAAGGUCCUCCUCGAUCUGCUGCGAAAGCAGAACGCCGGUCUCGACUGCAGCACAUGGCGAGUGCUUGGUAGGAGGCUCGAGAAGAAUGGUCAACAUUUGACCUUCUCUCUCUCGAAAGACUCCUACGAAGUACUUAAGGCCGUGAAUUUCCGUCCCAACUGUGGAAUGGCUGGGGCUGUUUUCAGGGCCAGAGUCCCGAAGGGAGCAGCCGCCGUGGAGCAACCCACCGCGCAAACCACUCUCCCGGCGGCUCACUGCCAAGCUAGGCCUGAUGGGCCGGUGGAAGCAGAGAGCCGAGGGGGGUCGAGCGCGGCGGUAGAGCCAGUUGCGGGGCCGAGUGGUAUAAGUACUCACCGGCCGGGGCCGUCACGCGCGCCGCCGGCCGGGGGUGCUGCACCACGGGGCGGCAAGCCCGCGCGCCCGGGCGCCCGCAAGGCACCGGCGCCACGUGGGAGAGCUGCUGGAGCUGCAGCUGGAGUGAGGCGGCCCACGCAGCUGCCCUCUCUGGCAAAGGAGCACUCCAGUAAGAAAGCCUCCCGUAAUCCCCUCAACAACCCACCUUAACCCACCAAGUCCCUAAACCUAAUUCCUUCAACUUACCCUCCUUAAUCUCCAAAUCCUAAAUCCUAUCCCCUCCCUUCCUACCACCAUGUUGAAAAUCUUACAAGCCAACCUCCAACACGCGAAGGCAUCUAGUGCCGUCGCGUGCAAGGUCCUCCAAGAGGAUGGACUGGACAUGGCUUUGUUACAAGAACCGUGGAUCCAUGGAAACACGGUACUGGGACUGACCGCUGCAGGUAACGUUUUAUACAAUACUUGUGGCAAUAGACCCAGAGCUUGCAUAGUCUUUAAAAAGAAUAUGAAAUUUUUGCCGAUUCCAGGAUUCUGCACUGAUGACCUAGUAGCGGCACACGUAAUGCUACCCGGCUGUGAGGGCAUGAAGCUCAUUGUUAGCUCGGCCUACCUGCCCGGGGAGCACACAGAUCCGUCGACGGCCCUCGCUCCACUGGUGGAGUAUUGUGAGGACCAGAAUGCCCAGCUUGUGAUAGGGGCCGAUUGCAAUUCCCAUCACACAGCCUGGGGCAGUACGGAUACCAACAAGAGAGGU